AUGGGCCAGAAAUACCUGAUCAUCUUUGCGCAGGCGCAUGCAGAUUUCAGAAUACCUGAAUUGCGGUCCGUUGCAGAACUAUAUGGGUUUGAUCUGACACUGCCAGAGGAGAUCGACAUAUCAAGGCCGUUUCUGGUGCUGGAGCUCGCGUCUGAGGAACAUGCGAGACUUCUAGCGAGGAGAUGUAUCCUCAUCAAAUCAUUAUGUGAGUUCUAUGCUCAAGGCGCGACUUACGAAGAAGUGCAUGAACAAAAUCAUCUUCUAUGCAACGCAUGGUCACGCUACAUCGAAGAUACUUCGUUCAAGUUCAUCGUCACCGCAUACAAUCACACAAUUCCACAGAGUCGACAAAAGGACAUUGUGGAGAGCUUUUCGUACAUGGGCUUCCUGGGCAAGAUUGAUAUGAAGAACCCUGAGAUCAUUAUGGUUGUCUAUGAGGAAUAUAUCGACAAACAUGGAACUACAAGAGACAGAUGCGAAGGCGACGGAGACUUCAGACAAGUCUACUUAGGCAGGUUGAUAGAGGAGGGUUCUGCUCGCCCUCUCGUCAAGAAGUUCGACGUAAAAGGGCGCACAUAUUACGGAAAUACCAGCAUGGAGGCAGAAAUAUCGCUUCUGAUGGCGAAUCAAACCCUUGCGGCGCCAGGAAAGCUGAUAUACGACCCAUUUAUCGGCACAGGAAGCAUGGCAUAUACUACCGCACAUUUCGGUGCAUUGGUGUACGGCUCUGAUAUUGAUGGUCGACAGAUGAGAGGAAAAGACAAGCGGCCUGGAAUCAUACGCGCUGCGGAACAGUACGGAAUAGCAGAUCGCAUUGUCGAUCUUUGCACUUUUGAUGUGACACGCAAUCCAUGGAGAUGUGGAGAGCUCUUUGACGCCAUAAUAACGGACCCUCCAUAUGGAGUCCGUGCGGGCGCAAAACGCUUGGGCAGGAAAGCUCGUCCCGGUAAGACACAGCAAGAACCGACGGUGAAGCAGUCAUUCGUGAAUCGAUCAGAUGACCAGCCAUAUUUACCUCCAACCAAGCCCUACGAGCUAUCCUCCCUCGCAUCAGACUUGGUCGUCCUUGCACGUUAUAUGCUCAAGCCAAAUGGCAGACUUGUCUUCUUCCUACCUACUGUGACUGAUGAGUACGAGGAGUUGGACGUACAGACAAUGAUGUGCGACGGCAUGGAGGUUAUCUCAAACUCACUGCAAAAUUUUGGUUCUUGGGGCAGGAGACUGAUCACUAUCCGCAAAGUUACUACCGAACGGUAUUUACAACCGAAAUUUGCGUCAAAGGAUCUUGUUGAAGAGGGCUCAAUGCAUGUUCCCGCGCACAAAGAUUUCCGAGAAAAAUAUUUUCUGGGUUUCAAGAAGAAAGUGCAGGAAGAAAUCGUCGACAGUCAUGAAAGGUUUUCGCCACCGAAAUCUGACGCGGAAGAGCCUAUCAAGGAGAGCAUCUCAAGUCCUCGUGCUGGUGAAGAUCCCGUGGAAGAUACCCUCAGGGAUUCAUGA